CACUCAGACGUACUGCAAACUCUCCACAGGAAACUCUGAGCCAUAAUGCGAAGGCACCUCAGAGCAGACGGGUGCAUUGCUCAAACCAAGUGGGAUACGGUGCGGCUUUGAUAGUGCGUUAAUUACUCAUGUGAUGUGAUACAGAUGUCUGGGGGCUUCAGCCGAAAGUUUGCCUGACGGUUUCCAAGGGGGCCAGGCAGACAUUUUAGAAGCGUGAUAUAUCGGGACAGUCUUUCAAUCAGUGAAAUCAAAGCGCUGAAUGUGUUCCAUAAUGGGCACCCCAGCUGUGCGUGUGUUGGUGCUAAUGGCCUGCAUGGCAGCCAGAGGAAUGUGCCAGAUAAACAGAGCAGAAGCAGAGGAGGUCUCUCUCCCAGACUCUUUCGUCCACUCCACCCUGCAGUCUACAGGUUUCUACAGCACCGUCAAUCCCAGCACAGGGCCCGGCCUCCACCUGGGGGUCCCGGGGGCUGAUGCACAAGCUGUGGGAUGUGGAAAUGACACUGUUGUAAAGAGGCCAAUACGACCUCCAAUGUGUCCUGUAUCUCCCUCUAUUAACAACUAUUUUAAAUACAUAAACACCAUCAUUUCCAUUAUCGUGUUUGUGGUCGGCCUUGUCGGCAACGCCACCCUGCUGAGGAUUAUAUACCAGCACAAGUGCAUGAGGAACGGGCCGAACGCACUCAUUGCCAGUCUGGCACUGGGGGAUCUUAUCUACAUAAUCAUUGAUAUACCCAUCAAUGUAUACAAGCUCCUGGCUUCACGCUGGCCUUUUGACGACAGUGAUGUUGGCCUGUAUCUGUGUAAGCUGUUUCCCUUCCUGCAGAAAGCCUCUGUGGGCAUCACAGUCCUCAACCUGUGCGCCCUCAGCGUGGACAGGUACAGGGCCGUGGCAUCCUGGAGCAGAGUUCAGGGAGUGGGCAUCCCUCUGCUUACAGUCAUAGAGAUUGGGUCUAUAUGGUUGCUGUCACUCUUCCUGGCGGUACCAGAGGCAAUCGUUUUCGACAUUGUUAGCUUCAACUACACAAACCAAACCAUGCGCACCUGCAUGCUUAACCCCAAGACUGACUUCAUGACGUUCUAUGUGGUUGCAAAAGACUGGUGGCUGUUUGGCUUCUACUUUUGUGUACCACUGAUCUGCACUGCUGUGUUCUACACCCUGAUGACCUGCGAGAUGCUCAACCACAGGAACGGCAGUCUCCGGAUAGCUCUCAGUGAGCACCUCAAACAGAGGAGGGAAGUGGCCAAAGCUGUCUUCUGCCUCGUCCUUAUCUUUGCCCUCUGCUGGUUCCCACUGCACCUCAGCAGGAUCCUUAAGAAGUUGGCUUACUACCAGAAUGACAAGACGCGCUGUGAGCUGCUCAGUUUCCUGUUGGUCCUGGAUUACUUUAGUAACAACCUCGCAACAAUCAACUCCUGCAUAAACCCCAUUAUCCUCUACUUUGUCAGCAAGAAGUUUAAAAACUGCUUCAAGUCGUGCUUGUGCUGCUGGUGUUCCUCUGAUAACCAGCUGAGCAGCAUCGGACCCAUGAAUGGCACCAGUAUCCAGUGUAAAAGCCCCGAGCCCAACAACAUCCACACUGAGCGCAGCAUCAGGAAAGACAGCGGCUGAUCUCUCACCUGAGGACUAUUUUCAAGCUCUUUCAUUUAUCCAGCAGCUUUUUAAAAUACAAACAAUGCACACCCUAAAAUAUAUACAUCCAAUUCACAAUAAAAUGGACAUCCUUGGGACCACUGAAGCAACACAUGAGCCUGGCAGGGAUUAGUUAGGAACUGGAGAUAAAAGGAACAAACAAUGGAUUUGGAGCACAAUGCUCUGAAGUUACCCGAGCUUCUCAGCGGGCUAAACUUCCUAAGACAAACUGCUUGUAUUCCCACACCCACGGACAGUGAUGCUGUAGCAUGAGAGAAGAAGGGGGAGAGCGGGAUGAGGAGGAGGAGGAGGAGGAGGAGGAGGAGGAGGAGGACUCUUUAACAGGAUGCAGCUGAACGGUGACUAUAAAUUAUUCUCAAUCAGUAGCAGUGUGCUAUUCCUGUAAAGGGCAGCACUACUGGGAAGGAUGCACAAGGCUACAGGAAGGAAAAAGCAGACUGCUCGCUGUCAGAGGGAAUGAUGGUAGAUGAGUAUGUGCUGUCCCCAGGAGUUUGCUACUCAUUGACAGUGGAAAACAGGAAAGCAUGUAUCUGACUCGAACGACAAUUAAUUUUCCAUUUAACAUGCAAAUGGUUGCACACACACUUACUCACACUCAUUAUUCAUUGAGCUACUUUGUGGUAUAAUUAGAAGAAUUUGCUUCCUACUGCUCGACAAAAAAACUUUUCUGAUACAUCAGGUAAAGAGGGAAAAUGUCUCUGAACAAAGAAAUGCAUCCUUCAUUCGACAAAAGAUAUAUUUUAUGUAACCAUGAUUUACAGACCACCACACUUUUGGUAAGUACCCCAAAAAUGAAAGAUAUCACAAUCAGAAUCAAGUCCGGUGCCAGACGAAGCCAAAACACACUGGCACAAAAUCAAGUACAGGGUUGUAGGUUGUAGUGGAUAACAUACAACUCUGUAUUUUCAUAGCACAUGACAAGGAAACGAUAAAUAUGAGGUAAUGCAUUAUGACAGGUCACCAAAAAUGGAUAGGAAUGAGCUGUUUUCUAAACACUGUGAAUUUUAACAGAUAUAAUCAACAGUAAUUGUGACUUUUAUGCUUGUAUAACCAAUGGAAUAUAUAUGUUUAACGUCCACUUUUAUAAAGUGUUAUACUGCAGUAAUAAUACGUAUUUUACUCAGACAACAUUACCUGUGCAAAUGAGUAUUAAAUGGUGGUGGUAAACUCUCCAAAUAUUAAAGAAAUAGUUAGACAUUUAAGCCCACACUUAUUGGCUAAGAGUUAUAUGAGAAGACUGAUACCACCCUACAAUGUCUGUACAUUAGCUUAGCGUUUAAUUAGCUUAGCAUUUACUUAGCUUAGCGUUUACUUAGCUUAGCGAUAAUUAGCUUAGCAUUUACUUAGCUUAGCGUUUACUUAGUUUAGCGUUUAAUUAGCUUAGCAUUUACUUAGCUUAGCGUUUACUUAGCUUAGCGUUUAAUUAACUCAGUUUAGCAUAAAGACUGGAAACAAGGGAAACAGCUAGCUUGGCUAUAUCGUAACAAAAUACGCCUGCAAACACCUCUUAAGCAAAAUAAUUAAAACGUUAUAUCUUGUUUGUGAUUUUUACCGGUUAGCUACAGCCAACAGCUAACAGAGUGUAGAAAUCACUGCAUAUUCAUCAGCUAACCGCUAAAGCUAAAAAUCACAAACAAGAUCUAACACGUUAUUUAUUUAGCUUUGGAGGAUGCUUGCGGGAGGAUUUUGUUACAUUCGGACAAAGCCAAACUAGCUGUUUCCCCAUUUCAAGUCUUUAUGCUAAGCUAAGCUAUCCGGUAGGCUAGCUUCAUAUUUAACAAACAGACAUGAAAUGAGAGGGAUAUCGAUCUUCUCAUCUAACUCUCGCCAAGACGGUGAGUACGUCCAUUUCCCAAAAUGUUGAACUAUUCUUUUUAUGUUGAAAUCAUACACUUAUGCCGUAUACUAUUUGAUAUGUGAAUACAUGUAAACCUGUGUGUGUUUGACUGUGUGUUAGCAUGUGUGUGUCUGUGUGACGUGUGUAUAAUUACUUGCACUUCUUUCGUUUGAGUGUUUUGCACACUUGAGUACAGACGGUUUCUGUACAGUGUUUAUUUUACCACUAUUCAUCGGAGCAAUUCAUAACAAUCUUUAGAAAAUGGAAUUCAUGUACUUUUUGUUGUCAUUGCUGCUGCUGCUGCUGCUUAUACCAAUAAAUACAUUUCCAAAUCCAC